UUCAUAGGUUAUAAUGGAUAUACUUAUUUUCUUUUCAGGCUUCCUCUUUUGCAUGCUGAAGAAAUUACUAAAAUAAUCAGUAUUUUAUCGCAAUCGUUAGUAUCUUCCAGAACCUAUGACAUUGCCCUGAAAGUUUUGGAUUUAGAAUAUAUAGCCCUAACCUAUUAUCCAACAGAUUUCCUACAGUUGUUGGAAUCGUUUGCAAAAUUAUAAAAUUUUCCCUUCUGUAAAAGAAAUUAGGGCUAUUGGAAAAGCUUAUGCUACUCUCAUAGAGGCUAAUUUAGUGAAGAAUCGUCUUACGUAUGCAGAUGCGAUAGCACAGGAAGCGUUGACGAUUCUUGAUUUUCGAAAUGAUCCUGACUGUUCCAUUCUAUUACAUUCAUUAUUAAUCGACUUGCAUUUGUUCAGCAAUCGAAGUGAUGAGUGCUGGAAAUAUUUGAAUAUGCUUAGUUCACUACUUGAUGAUGAUAGAAAUUAUGAUAUUUUUGCUCAAUAUUAUUGUGGACUUUCAGCAGCUAUUCUCAUGGAUAAUACUGUUGGUAAUGAAGGAAAUCUAAGGAUAGAAAAAGACAUAAAGAAAUGCAAUGAGUUUGCUUCUAAGUGGAAUAUGAAUAUUACACAAACAAUGCCUAAAGAUUUAGCUUUUUUUGUGUCUGCAAAAAUGUCAGUUUGGUGCCAUAAAGGUGCAGAUAUUUUUAAUUGGCAAGAAACAAAAACUGUCUUCAACCGAUGCUAUGAAAUGACUUUUAAUUUAUUUAAAGACCAAACAGAAAACAGCUACUGGAGUAUUGGAGGAAGCUUGGCUUAUUUUAAAUUAAGACUUGUGAGUGGAGGUUCUGAAGAUAUAAAGGAAAAUCUAAAUUUUGUUACAGAACAGCUGAAAAUUAUUAAAGAAGAAAUUAUGUUGCAUUUUCCUGUGUAUAAGGAAGAAUACAAUCAACUUUUAAAUGAUGUGAAGACAUUUGAAACUGUACAUUUAGAUAGUUCUUCAUUAUAAAUGUAAUAAGUUUUUGCUUACGAUAUGGCAGGGAUUAGGAAAUUAUUGCUAAAUUUUUUUCUUGCAUUUCUUAUAAAUAUAUAUUUUAUGGUUUGUUAU